CGUUGUUACAAUAAAAUCCCCGUGUCUGUGGUUCAUGAAAAGGUUCAUGUACGCAUUGAUUGACCAGCAUCGCACAACCACAACACCAACCCUAAUCACAACCCUAAUGCAAUCGACGAGGCGUGUUAGGUUGCUCAUCGAUGUCCAGUCUGCUAAAGGCGGUCUCGAGCUUCUAGAGGCAACUGACGAUCAAGUCAAGUCACAUCGUUCCCUUGUCCAAGUACUCGUUCCAACCAUCGUGAUACCUGCUUUGAUCGUCUUAGAUCUUGCAGAGUUUAGAUGGUCGAAAUGAACCAAUGACUACUGCCGUACAAGAAAAAUUCCCAUUUGCCAAGUGAACUCUGCGACCGUGUAUGAGUACACUCACGGGCACAGGUCCGGCGAAUGAACUCACCGGUAGACCUCAGACCAACCACAAUCUUGUCUCACGAUGCAUAAUUGAGUCAAUCUUCUGAGAUUGCCACCUUAA